AUGCGCUCGAUAACUUGUCAAGGUACUCCGUCUGAGAUCGGCCUGCAACAUGGCCAGCAAGCCAAGUCCGAAAUCCAAGGCAGUAUAGAGUUUUACAAUGAUCUCUUUAAAAAGAAAUGCUCUAUGGAUUGGCAGGAGGUGUGUCGAACGGCAGCAAAAUUCAUCCCGUUGCUAGAAGCUUCGUUUCCGGAGUAUUUACAAGAGAUAAAAGGUAUUGCACAGGGGGCUGAUGUGGAUAUGGAAACCAUCCUCGCUCUUAAUGUCCGAACAGAGCUAGCAUACGGAAUGUUCAGUGACGGAUGCACGGCGUUCUCUUGGAAAUCGGAGACAGAAAGCUUUCUAGGUCAAAACUGGGAUUGGGAUAAAGCGCAAUCCCCGAACCUGGUCUCGAUGCAUAUCCGCCCUUCUCAAUCUUCCAAGCCUUCAAUCCACAUGAUCACCGAGGCUGGAAUCAUUGGCAAAAUUGGCUUAAACUCCUGCGGUGUAGGCGUCACACUAAAUGCCAUCAAAUGCGCCGGAGUCGAUUUCAAUAAGAUUCCAUGUCACCUCGCCCUCCGCACGGUGCUCAACAGCAGCUCGCGUGCUGAGGCCGUUGAGAAACUUGAGAAGCUUGGCGUGGCGUCUGCAUGCCAUAUUCUCGUCGCAGAUCACACAGGUGGAACUGGACUAGAAUGCUCAGCCUACGACAUUGUACGGCUGAACAUGGGCGAUGAAGGAGAACCAUGCCCUGGCGUUAUCACCCAUUCCAAUCAUUUUGUGCAUGAGCACAUUAACGUCAAUCCAAUACUAUAUUUAGCGGACAGUGAACCUCGAUUGCGUCGGAUUAGAGAAUUGACAGGCGCGGCCGGGUCGCGGCCAGGGUUUGACGCCAUGAAUAAGAUUUUGGAGGACGAGAAGGGUUACCCAACCGGGAUCUGUCGCGCACCCACAGAAAAUAGCCAAAUGGCGUCUCUUUUCAGUAUAAUCAUGGAUUUGAAGGGGAAAACAGCAGCGGUUAAAAUCGGGAGGCCAGUUAGUCCGACCGGAAGCCUGGAGUUGCGACCAUAA